AUGAUUGCACCCAAAUUCCCCCCAACGGUCGAUAUCUCUAAAAAGUUCCCUAAUGACAGAAUUCCCGCGAGAGCACCUAAUGCAUUUAUCACUUUAAAAGUUAAUGUAGAAACAGCUCGCGAGAGCGGGCACUAUUUGCCGACUAUUGUACCUUCUAUGGCGUCACAGAGUAGGGAAUUCGCUGACGAUACUAUCACUUUAAAUAAGAAUGAGAGGAGACGUAAAAAUAAAAGUCUUAAGAACAAUAUAAAAAGCAUUAAAGAGAUAAAAAACAAUAAAAAUAUUGAAUCUAGAGAUACUAAACCCGUUAUCCUUGUUACAUCUUCACAUAACAUAAAUUCUACGGCGCCUGUAUUUACAAACAAUCCUUCGAAUCUCGAUUCAUCUAUUAUAUCUUCUAUGGAGUCACAGA